AUGGAGGCCACGGUGUCCCCGAGCCUGGGCACGGGCACGUCCCUGAGACAGGAGAUGGAGGCCGGGCGCCUCUUCCUGGCCGACUACGCGCUGCUCGAGGGGCUCCCCACGGGCACCAUCGGGGGGCGCCCCCAGUUCGUGGCCGCGCCCCUGUGCCUGCUCUGGCUCAGCCCCCGCGGCCGCCUGCUGCCCGUGGCCAUCCAGCUGUCCCAGCGCCCCGGGCCGGGCUCCCCGAUCUUCGUCCCGGGCGGCCCCGGGUGGGCUCUGGUCAAGCUGUGGGUGCGGGGCGCGCACUUCGUGCUGCAUGAGAUGGUGCCGCACCUGCUGCACGGCCACUUCCUGUGCGAGGCCUUCGCCGUGGCCACGCAGCGCCUGCCGGCCGCGCACCCUGUGCACCAGCUGCUCCUCCCCCACGUGCGUUUCACCUUCCACAUCAACAUCCUGGCCCGGGAGACGCUGCUGAACCCCGGGGGCAUCAUCGACCAGGCCACCUCGGUGGGCCGCGAGGGGACGCUGGCGCUGGUGGCCCGCGCGACGGCGGCGCUGACGUUCAGCGAGCUCUGUGUCCCCGACGACGUGGCCGAACGCGGCGUUGGGGACAUCCCCGGCUACCACUACAGGGACGACGCCAUGGACAUCUGGGGCGCCAUCCGCUGCUACGUGGAGGGGAUCGUGGCGCUCUUCUACGCCGCGGACGAGGAGGUGGCCGAGGAUGAGGAGCUGCAGGAGUGGGUGGGCGAGAUCUUCACCUACGGCGUCCUGGGCAACGAGAAGAGCGGGUUCCCGUCCAAGCUCUGCAGCCGCCCCGAGCUGGUCAAGUUCCUGACCAUGAUCAUCUUCUGCUGCUCCGCCCGGCACGCGGCCGUCAACAGCGGCCAGUACGACUACGCCGCCUGGAUGCCCAACACGCCGGGCACGCUGCAGCGGCCGCCGCCGGCCAGCGCGGCCGAGGCCACCGAGGAGCUGCUGGUGGCCACGCUGCCGUCCCCCGAGGCCACCGGCGCCCUGCUGGCCCUGCUGAGCGUGGUCAGCUACGAGGGGGGAGAGCCGCGCCCCCUGGGCUCCCGCUCCCAGGACCUGCUCUCGGGCGCCGCCCCGCGCUCCCUGCUGGCCGCGUUCCGCGCGCGCCUGGCCGAGAUCUCGGAGCGGAUCCGGGCCCGGAACGCGGAGCUGGAGCUGCCCUACCCCUACCUGGAGCCCACCUGCGUCACCGAGAGCAUCUCCAUCUGA